UAUUUACCGAACGAACCUAGUUGAUUGGGCAGUUGCAGCGUGAUUUCGAAAUCAACUUAUUCAUCACUAUUUGAUCAAUAGCUAAGGUACAUUGGAACAGUGGUGUUAAUGAUAGUGUGUACAACAAAGAUUCAGAAGUUGUAUGGAAGAGUUAUAGUUCGGACUUUUGGUAAAAAGAGCCAAGUGGUUUUCGGAUCGCGGCGGAUAAGAAGUCACAGUCACAGUUCAGUCGAGGCUUACAUUAUCAACGAAUAUCUGCGGAGAUUAUAGUAUUUAGCUGGGCUGGGUUUUACCGAUCGAGUAAUCCACAGCUGCAUUGAACCCAAGAUUCCUUUGCACAACCGUGCAAGUUGCACCUCUAUAUAGAACGCUCAACCGCACAAUUUCAUCAGUUCAACAACAUUAAUAGUUGAUUUAGUUUUUUUCUUACGGUAAGAAAAACAAACAAAUACCCUUGUCUACAUAGGAUGGUAGAAAGUGAAACCGAUUCCAAUAACUCAAAGUAUACCGAUGUAAAGAAUCACAGCGCAGCAAACGGCGUCGGUUCGAACCAGCACCCGAACACCGUGUCACCGGAGAAAUCCAGCAAGGCUGACCACAUCCACCAGACCGGCUUGCAGCUUGUUGCCUCGAAGAAGGACAAGGCAUCGCUCGAUCCCGAGCGGGGCUACACCAGCAAGGCUGACUUCGAGCAGGCAAUAGAGCUCACUGGUUAUGGCAAAUUUCACUACAUCCUACUAGCAAUAUGUGGUCUCGUAAGCACCAGCGAGGAGAUGGAUGUCAUCUCGAUGUCCUUCAUCCUGCCCUCGGCCCAGUGCGACCUCAACCUGAAUACUCAGACCAAAGGAUGGCUCAAUUCGAUUAUCUUCAUUGGCAUGAUGGUUGGUGCUUAUGCUUGGGGAAGCGUUGCCGACUCGCUGGGUAGAAAGAAAGUCCUCAUCGUCAUCUCAAUCAUGAACGCCAUCUGCAUUGUUGCAUCUUCGUUCUCGCAAACAUACGAAGUGUUCAUGGUGUUCCGCUUUCUCAAUGGGGCUGCAUUGGGAGGUAGCGGGCCAGUCAUUUGGUCAUACUUCGCAGAGUUUCAGCCAAAGGCGAAACGUGGAUCGAUGUUAAGCUUUAUGGCAGCAUUUUGGACCAUCGGAAACCUCUUAGUCGCUGGACUGGCGUGGCUGAUCAUUCCAACUAACAUUGGAUUUUACACUCCGGCGUUCACGUUUAACUCUUGGCGUAUUUUCCUGAUGGUGUGCUCGAUUCCAUCUUUCGUUGUCGCCGUACUUCUCCUCUAUCUACCGGAAUCUCCCAAGUUCUUGCUUUCGCAAGGCAAAUUUGAAGAGGCCCUCGCCAUCUUUCGUGGAAUUUACGUUACCAAUACGGGUAAAUCGGCGGACCAAUACCCGGUCAAGGAACUUUUAAUUGACGAACAGCUCAGAAAUGAACUGGAGAACGUGAAAAAGCCCAUUAAGAACAAAUACAAACGAAUGCUGUACAACAUCAUGGAUAACAGCAAACAGUUGUUCAUGUCUCCGAUCCUCAAGUUCACCCUCAUCUCGAUCACUAUCAACUUUACGUUCCACAUUGGCUACUAUGGAUUGAUGAUGUGGUUCCCCGAGCUGUUCAAUCGCUUCGAUGAGUUCAUCCGUGCUCAUCCGGACAUUGAAGAGGCUGGUGUUUGUCAGGUCACCGACUACGUGGUGGGACAUGGUUCACAUAACCCCUCUGGAGUUUGUUCUGCCAAUAUUCCCAGCACAGUCUUUUUGGAGUCACUUAUCACAGUUGCUGCUGCACUUCCAGCCAAUGUCAUUGCGGUUUUGGGCAUGGACAAACUAGGCAGAAAGUUCUUCUUGGUAUUCAGCACAAUGUCUGCUGGCUUCUGUUCGGCAUCAAUGUAUUUCGUAACCAAUAAGAAUCAAAACCUGGCCGUAUCAGCUGUCUUCAGUGGUGUUAUAUCAAUGGGUAAUGCAUCAUUGGAUUGUUUGAUUACGGAAGUCUUCCCAACGAAUUUAAGAGCUACUGGUGUCGCCAUUUCAAUGGUGGCUGCCCGUCUUGGCGGUAUUAUUGGUAACGUUGUGAUAGCCACGCUCUUGGAUAUGUACUGUCCGGCACCCACAUUCAUUGUGGCAGUACUGCUGGCUGGCGGUGGCCUGAUGUGUCUAUUCUUGCCAAAUACUACAAAGACCGAUCUGAACUAAGGAUGCCUUUUAGACUUAAUUAUAGUGCAGGACACAAAACUUUCAACAAUCUUUUACGUAUUCUCAAACCUUAUCUGUAUUUUCCCUUUCUGUCUUUUUGUGAAAAUCUCAACAAAUCACGAAAGAUCUUGCAAUCGAUGAAUUUAAUAUAGUUUUAAGUUGGAUAUUUUGAAUUACCAUAUUUUGUACAAUAUACAUGUAAAUUUGUUGAAAAAAAAACGGCAAAUACGAAACAUUGAAACAAUUGCUAAGUUUGAUUGUUUAAUAUUUCAGAGUUUAUAAGAUAUGCAAUACCCAAAUGAAAAAAAUGAGAACUUAACUUAAACAUGUCGGAAAGAUUGUAAACCUCAAUAAAACAAAAUGUUUUAAAAA